AUGGACCGUCGUCCCAGCAUGGAUCCUCCCGAAACGGGGAAUGAUCCACCUGCCAACGUUGCCAACCAUGCAGCAGUGGCUCCAUCGGCAGUGUCUCGAGAUCCUCCCGCAGAUGUCGUGGAGAUUGUCGAGAUUCCGAGCGACGAUGACGAAGAAGUCAAGGUGGUCACCGUGGCAGCUCCAGCAGUAGCAGCUGCUCCCAUACAGCAACAGCAACAACAAUCACCCAAGGAGGAGACGAAGUCCAACACUGGUGAUGCUCUCGAGAAAAAAGAAAAAGACGAGAAACCAGAGCCGCCUGAAGAAAAGGAGACCGAGCUAAAGAAAAAAGAGGAUGUGCCGACAGAGACCCCACCGACAGCUUCCACGGAAACAGAGGGCGCUACUACCACAAAUACAACUUCAGAGACGACGGACGGAAAGCAACAAGAUCCCAAAGCAUCCGAUGCUGCCAUCACCACCACCACCACUGGUACUAAGACUGCUGCAGAUCCACCCGCCGUGGUGGUUGGACAGCAAGUAGAAGAGAAAGAGGAAAACGCCAAAGAUGCACCACCAUCAACCAGUGCAAAUGGUGAUACAACAUCGGCCGAAACACAGGAGAAUCAAGACAAAUCUUCCAACAACAACAACCAAAAUUCUCUCUCUGAUGCUGCCGUUAGUACCAGUGAAGAACAGCCACCCAAAGACGCGGAACAGAAAACUUCCACACAGUCUCCAGAUGCGGCUGUUCCUGUUCCUGUUCCAGCUACGGGCAAUGGUGACAAACCCGCCGAUGAUUUGGACAAGACACCAUCUGCAGAUGACGGUCCAGUCCAACCAGUUGCGGACGACAACAAGAACAAGAACAACGACAACAAUAAGAAUGAAACCAGUGGCAAUACUUCGACAACAAGCGAACCAAACAUCCCAGCUCCUGCCACCAGUCAAACAUCCACAUCCGUGCCGAUCAGUUCGGAUAAAAAAGAAGCACUUGAUCCCCCCGACAAAUCUAGCGUCCCAAACGUCACAGAGACGACAACUACAUCAUCCCCAGCUGGGAUCACAACAGCGGCUCCAGUUGACAGCAGUAGCAAGGAGGAGAAACAACCUGCCAAUAAUGAAAGUAGCAGCAGCAGCAAAGCGACGGUCGAGCAGAAUCAAUCACCACCCGCCAACGAAACGACGGAGAAGGAGGAAGAUGUGGUCAUGGUGGAUGCCAGUAAUAGCACUAGUCAAGCUGCAAAGACGAACGAGGACGAACCCAACAGUAAAGAGGGCGAAACAAAAACGUCACCACCACCACAGAAACAACCAGAAACAGAAACAGCUGCAACGAACAAGGACAAUGUCGCUAAAGAGGCGGAGUUUGUGGUGAAACCUGCAGAAAAAACUCAACAACAACAAUCCACACAGCAACAGUCCGAGUCUUCGGCAACUCCGACAACAGCACCGCCCGUGGCACUGCCCGUCGCUGUUGCUGCCAGUAACGACAGUGCCGAGAAGACAGAGGCAACAGAAGCAAAGGAAGCAGCUGCAGCAAAGUCAGCGGAACCCAUGGAGAUUGAUGCAGACGAAAAUACAAAGGAGUCAAUGUCCAGCCAAGCGCAACCCGUCGAGGAGUCAACGCCCAUUGCGUCGACUGCCGUGGAAGACUCCAAUUCUGGAGAUACCAACACCCCUGCUGCAGCAACAACUACUACUACUGAUGCGGUCGCCAACAAUGCUGUACAGGAAGAAGAUGAGGAAGAUGCGGUCUUUUUCCCCGAUGCCUUUCCCACCCGAAAGAGGCGGCAGAAAGCAAAGCGCGCCAAGGCACAAAAGAAAUUCAAAAUCAACAUUCGGUCGGUCACACCACCCGAAAGUCCCGUAAAGAUUGAGAAUACCAGUAGCCAGAAAGCAGACAUGGCUCCAUCCAAUGUAGUAUCGUCGGGAGGACAUCCCGAUGCGAUUUCGUCCGAAUUCAAUUCCAUGGCGGACGAUUUUAGUUGUCCUGUCGACGACGACAACAACGACUAUGAUCGAAAAAGAAUGGAUCAGGAAUUGGAGGAUUCUCUGUGCUUCUUUCAGGAGACUCAUGAAGAGCAAGAUCCCUCCUACAUUGAAUUCAUUGUCGAGCGGGAAGACAAGGUGCUAAAGAAGAAACUCGCACAGUUGGAAGCCGAAGAUGCCGCGGGACGCAAAGACAUUGAUGUCGCCAUUGGGGAACAAUCCAAGGAAAAACAACUCCUGACCAAUCGGAACAUUGAAAAGUACCAGCAAAAGGCCGCACAGGAAGAAAAACGAGACAUCCAGCGACUCAUGCAGCUAUACAAUGAAAAAAUGAACAACAACAAUGCUCGGAUUCAACAGGGGAUCAAGAUUUUGACAGAGCGACAUCACAAGGAAACGCAGCGAAAGGCACAAGAACACCGAGCGCGGUUUCAGAAUCAAACGCAAGCACCUCAAGCACAGCACGCAUGGCAAAUGAUUCAGCAACAGCUCCAUCGGAAACAGCAUCAGCAAAUGGCCGAGUUUCGUCAAAAGGGUGAGGAAAUUAAAAAGAAGAGCGAAAACGAUUUCAAAGCUCAGCAGGAAAAACUGCGUGCCAACUACCAACACAAAUUGCAAGAGAUUGAAGCGAGCAAACGCAAGGUUUAUGCCAAGAUUUACACUGGGUUUCAGAACUUGCGACAGCGGUAUGUGAAACGGCACAUGCAGAAAAUUACGAAAAAGAAGGAGUUGCUGAUUCAGCAAGCCAACGAAGCCAAAGAAAACCUGCGACGCAAAUGUUCGCCUACUCCAUUUGCCACCCCGAGUUCGUCUGCUGCGGGGAAGAAGAGGAGCUCCGAUCCUGCCACUUCGGCGCAUGACGCUGCGAAGAAGAAGAUGGAAGAGAAAGAGGAGCUGCGAUCGCCGUCACCCAUCAAAUCCAAUUUGGACUGGAAAAAGGACGAGGGCCUAGCUGAUCAGGAGGAAGUGUCGGGUGGUUCAGCUCGACACAAGCAACGCAAAUCGAUCUUUAGUCAACUUAGCAAGCAGUUGUCUGUCGAAAUCCACAACGAAGGCUUGUGGAUCUCAGUCUACGCCGAUAAGAAUGCAACCAAGGACGGCGAGGGGGGCGGAAACACGGAGGAUGCCAGCAGUCGGAGCAAUACAACUCGAAAUAGUGAUAAAGCGAAAAACUCGGGGAACAAGAGCGGGGAUGGUGACAAGAAAAACGAUAAGGACAAGUCGACCGAUGUGCCCCGUGGCUAUCAUUACAUGGAUAAGAGUGCUCCCGAUUUUGGGGAUUCUCUGUCCGCGCAAGGAGGUCACGUGCGUUGUGUUGUGACGGAUCUAAGGACCAAUGAAAAUACUGCGUCGGCUCAGCGAGCUGCAUCUAUUCGGGAACAAGAAGAUGCGAGUCUUCAACAGCUGGAGAAAAAAAUCGUCGAGCUGUCCUCCUUGGCAAGUGAGGCCGAGACAACCUUGAGCAGGGCGGAAAACGAAGAGAAAGAAGCAAAAGCGGCGGUCGACACUGGAGCUGCUGAACUCGAGAAGGCCAAACAGAUUCAGUUGGACUUUCGGACCAAAUUCGCCAACUAUCUUGGCCCUGAUGGAAACCCGCUGCCAACGGCCAACCCGGGUGACAGAAAUGAACUUGCAAAGGCGAUCGUACGGUACAAGACGAACCUCGAGGCAGCUGCCAAUCGACACAAGACUGCAACAAGCAACUACGGCGAAGCACGCACUCGUACACAGAAAAUGCAACAGUUGGCCAAGCAUUCACAAAAGGCUGUCGCCGUUGCCACGAAUGUGUUGAAGAAGAAAAAGGCCACCUUAGAACCUAGGAGCAAGGGGAGAGCUAAGCUCUCCGAGGCGGCUGAAAAUGAGCGUGCCGCCGGUAGAGUGAAAGAUGUCAUUGCAUCGUUGCAUAAGACAGCUGAAAAGCGACGAGAACAACUGAAUCAGAAGAGACUCAAUAAUGCCAGCAGCACAUGGGUUCAAGCGUUACUGCCGGGCAUUCCGGGACCUCUAAAGAAAAGUCUCUGGCAUAAGAUGCACCGGCGACGACAACAGAUCGUUCUCCGGCCUUCGCUCGAAUCUUUGACGUUGGAUCUUCGUGAGUCUGUAGCAAAAGCAAUGAAAGCAACUCCUUCGUCAAAGAAGCAACACGUCGAUUUGGAGGAGGAUCAACAGAGAGCCGAGCAGUUGUUUUGCCUUGCCAUGUACCCAGUGGCUCCAGAUCCUCCAUUGCCAGCAGUGCCUCCCUCAGGCUCGUCUUCAGCAGCGUGGGCAGAGCCAGGUUGGCACUUGCGUCUGGAUGCCCCUAAGGAAGAGAAAACUUCCCAUAUCUUGCCGUGUGCUCCAUCGUUUCCUAUAUUCAGCAAGAACCUUGCCGAGAUGACUUCCACACCGGGUCGCCAAGCUGCGGCCUUCAGCCGAACGUCGCACUUGCGCAGUCUUGCCUCGCAGUUGUCUUCCGUCGCUACGGCCACGAGUCUCGCGGAAACCAAUCCUUCGGCACCAUCAGAAGUAUCGUUGGCUGAAGGAGACCCACUGAAUAUAUCUCCCGAUGCCAUGAUGGUCGGCUAUUCGUUUCAUCUCCCCCCACCUCCCAAACAAACCACAGCGAAACGCAAGUCAACUACUUCUGCAUCUACGGUCAAGGAAAACGCUGCCGAAGUGGCUGCUGAAGCCGCCGCCAAGAGCAAACAGGAAACCACCUCUUUGUCUUCGGCUGCCGCUUCCAAGACUACGGAUCAAUCUGCUAGCAGUGCGGGAGCCACUGGGGCUGGAGCUGAGAAGAAAAAGCCGGAAACCAAGCGACGACGAACUUCCAAGACUACGGCUGCGAAUCCUUCACCUCGGGCCCGAAAAGGGAGCAAAACUGAUGCAGCAACGAAGCGAGCUGCUGCUGCCGUUCAACCGCCUCCUCCGAUGGCCCGCACUCCGUCGUCCUCGUAUGCCAGGCAACCAACUCCCGCUGCAGCUGCUGCUGCCCCGCCGGCCACGUAUGCCAGGCAACCAGCUCCCACUGCGGCUGCUGCUGCACCGUCGUCGACGUAUGCCAGACAACCAACUCCCACGGCGGCUGCUGCUGCCGCCGCCGCAGCUCAAUACAAUCAAUACAUGAAACAUUCACCUCCGCAAGGUCAACAGGCACCGCCCCAACAGCAGCCAAAUUACCAAUUAAUGCAGCAGCAGCAGCAGCAACAGGCUUCCCGUCAAGCUCCACAGUAUGGAAGCCCCCAGCAAGCACAUCAGCUAGCUCAGCUUCGUAUGAUGCAGCAGCAGCAGCAACAACAGCAGGGACAACGUGCCGUAGGCUAUCCUCCUCAACCUGGACCACCUCAACGUGGUGCCAGCCAGGCCAUGGCACCCCAGCCGUUUUUCAAUCCGAUGGCUCCUGCUCCCGGCGGACAACCGUAUCAACCGAUGCCGAUGCAAGGGAUGCAGCAAAUGCCUCCCAUGGGCCAACCUGGAAUGCCUCAUCAUUUGCAACAGCAGCAUCAGCAGCAACAACAACAAAAUCGCAAACCAGGUUACUAG